AUCUGAAGCUUCUGCAGUAUUCAAACAAAUAAAAUAUACUGCUUUAGCUUUGGACACCUCCUCUUACUAAUCUCUAUAACUAUAUUUAAAAAGUAGAAAAUAAUGGCACGUCUAUUUGUCGUAGUUGCCCUUUUGGCUUUGGCCGUGGGCACCGUAUUCGCCGCCGAUGCACCUUCAGCUGCACCCACCGCCUCACCAACCAAAUCCCCAACCAAGGCUCCUGCCGCUGCACCCAAAUCCUCCGCCGCCGCACCGAAAGCAUCAUCCCCUGUUGCUGAGGAACCCACCCCUGAAGACGACUACUCUGCAGCCAGCCCCAGUGACUCCGCCGAGGCACCCACCGUCUCCUCCCCACCCGCUCCUACCCCCGAAGCCGAUGGUCCCUCCUCCGACGGACCCUCAUCUGAUGGACCCGCCGCCGCCGAGUCACCCAAAAGUGGCGCCACGACUAAUGUGAAGCUCUCCAUCGCCGGCACUGUCGCCGCCGCCGGAUUCUUCAUCUUCUCUCUCUAAGUUUUGUUUUUUAAUUAAACUUGAGACGGAAUCAUAAGAUUCACAUUAUGAGAUGAGGCCGUAUCUCUUUAACUAACUAACUAUACUAUAUACAGUGAUUUAUAUUAAUCAAGAGAUUGAAUGGAGUUAUUAUUAUUACGUACCGUUGUUGUACUAUGUUUUUUUUGAUUACGUAAUUUUUGAUGAUUGUGAACUUAUUAAUGUUUAUUUAGAAAUUAAAUGAAAAACAAAUUUUUCAAA